AUGGCCAAAGAUAAGGAACGUACGGUCAACCCUGCGCAGGCUCAACGGCGUCUUGAAAAGCAAAAGGCGCUCAAGAAGGGCAAAGCAGAGGUGCAGAGCCGGCGCAAUGAAAAGCUAGCACGGCGCAACCCCCAUCGGAUCCAGCGACAGAUAGACGACCUCAAAGCUGCCGAAGAACCUGGGAAACCACUCAAGCCGCAGCAGAAGGAGAUUCUCGAGGCCCUAGAACGAGAUUUACGUGCUGUCAAUAAGGCGAGAGAGGCACUUGGAGAUAAGGCGCCCGUGUUUGGACGUGGAGAUGGCGGACCGCGUCGAGACAGAGACGGAGACAGAAACCAGGGCCAUAACGUGCUGGGAAAGAGAAGAAGGGAAGGACAGCAUGAUGGACGUCAUUGGAGGCAGCAGGAGAGUAGUGGCAGCGAGACGGAUGAGAGCGUUCGACGAAUACCUAUGCCCAAGGACACACCUCCCCCGAUCCCUCGUCAACACUUCCAACGACGGCGAGGAGGACCCAAUAAUGCCAAUUCUGGUGAAGGUGAAGAGUCGGUCACUGGCGGGGAGCAGAAGAUACACCAACUGCUUCCUAAGCCUCAGCAACCAGAAAUGAAGUCCGUCUACGAAUCAGCACCUGUGAUCAGGAACCUUCAGAAGGAAGCUAUCAACAAGUUUGUACCGACUACGGUGAGGAUGAAACAGGCUGCCGUCAAGGGAGAGGGACAGCUCGUCGAACCUGAGGAGAUGGAUCGACUGGAGAAGGCCGGUUAUAUUGCUACGGGUGGGAGUGGUAGAAUUGCCGACCAGAAGACAGACAGUGCUACUACGACUGCAAUGGCUGCUGUCUCGUCCCUCGAGGAAGAGGAGGAACGGUUCAACCGCGAGCUCAAGUCUGUACAAAUCGAAGAAGUUGAAGAUGAGGGAGCCGACAACACGUCCAACGUGGGUUUUCCGGAUAUGGUAGUCCCGCAAAAGCCAGGCAUUCAGAGCAAAUGGAAGAACCAGAUUGCCGCUGUUUCGACAGAAGAAUCGCGCCAUUGCGCUUUCAAGGAACGGUACGCGGUUGGGGAAAAGGAUCGUGGAGCCGGUGUAAAAGAUAUACGUGUCCGCGGCAUGGAGAAGCACGGCGGAGGCGUAUAG